AUGGCGCUCACCAACACAUCUGCGAUCAAUGCAACGAUGCGAGCUGUUGUCUGGCAAGGGGACGCAUAUAAUGUUGCUGUGGUGGACCUGCCAAGGCCUACUAUCAUAAACCAGACUGAUGUUAUCGUUCGGAUGUCUAGAGCAGCUAUCUGCGGAUCCGACUUGCACAUCUAUCGAGGAACAACUGAAGGAAUGCCGGCUCCAUUUGGCCUCGGGCAUGAAGGGUUUGGAUACGUAUCUGAUGUGGGAUCUGGGGUUGGCUCACUCAGGGUUGGCGAUCCAGUAAUCGUUCCUUUCACCGUUGAUGAAGGCCAUCUGCAUACUGAGCUCACUACGGGGCUGUACGGCGCGUUCGGGAAUGGAGGUGACCUGGGUGGCACGCAGGUUCCAACCCUCAACUACACCGAUCCAAGCACCAAUGACUCCGUUUCGCUGCUGAAUGAUUAUGUUAUGCUAUCCGAUAUCUUUGGCACUGGCUGGGCAUCCCUCGACUACGCUGGGUUCGAAGCAGGUGACACGGUCGCUGUCUUUGGGGCCGGCCCUGUUGGACUGAUGGCUGCAUACUCGGCCAUCUUGCGAGGUGCAUCUACUGUCUACAGUGUUGACUACAUUCCUGAGCGACUGCAGCUUGCUGAAUCCAUCGGAGCUAUCCCUAUCAAUUUCCGCGAUGCCGACCCGGUCGAGCAAAUACUAGCAUUGGAACCGAACGGUGUGACUCGGAGUAUCGACGCCGUCGGAUAUGAGCAGGUGAACAGAAACCUGACUGUACAAUCGGAUGUCAUUAUCCGUAACAUGCUGGCUGUCACAUCGACCGGGGGCGGGUUGGGCACAGUGGGAGUUUAUACGCAUGAGUCCAACAAUACCUCAACUGCACCUCGCGCCUCGACUGUCAAUACUCAUGUUGAUUUCUCACUUGCACGAUUCUUCUAUGGAGAGUUCACUUGGGGGGCUGGACCCUCGAAGCCUAUUGAUCUUGCGCCUGAGCUUCUGCAUCUUGUCACGUCCGGCAAAGCAAGGCCUGGGUUUAUAGUGAGCGACGUCAUUAACAUUGAGGAUGCUCCGGAGGCAUACGCCAGAUUUGAGAGACACAAUACUACUAAAGUCAUCAUCUCGUUUGACUAG